AUGGGAAAUUAUAAAUCUAGACCAACCCAAACUUGUACUGAUGAAUGGAAGAAGAAAGUUAGUGAAUCAUAUGCUAUUAUUAUAGAACGAUUAGAAGAUGACCUGCAAAUCAAAGAAAAGGAGCUGGCGGAACUGAAGCAUGUUUUUAGCUCUGAUGAAGCAUUCUGCAAAGUCAAUUUAAAUUACCGCACAGAAAAUGGCCUCUCUCUUCUUCAUUUAUGUUGCAUAUGUGGGGGUAACAAAUCACAUAUUAGAACUCUUAUGCUAAAAGGACUGCGCCCAUCCAGAUUAACAAGAAAUGGAUUUACCGCUCUGCACUUGGCAGCUUAUAAGGACAAUGCAGAACUCAUAACAGCAUUGCUGCAUGGUGGAGCUGAUAUUCAGCAAGUUGGAUAUGGAGCCUUGACAGCCCUUCAUAUUGCCACAAUAGCUGGUCAUCAUGAGGCUGUUGAUAUUCUUUUGCAGCAUGGAGCUUAUGUGAAUGUUCAGGAUGCAGUAUUUUUCACCCCAUUGCAUAUUGCUGCAUAUUACGGCCAUGAACAGGUAACUCAUCUCUUGCUAAAAUUUGGAGCUGAUGUGAAUGCAAGUGGGGAAGUUGGAGACAGACCUCUCCAUUUAGCUUCUGCCAAAGGCUUUCUCAAUAUUACAAAGCUCUUGAUGGAAGAGGGAAGCAAAGCUGAUGUGAAUGCUCAGGACAACGAAGAUCAUGUUCCUCUGCACUUCUGCUGUCGAUUUGGACACCAUGAAAUUGUAAAAUUCUUACUCCAGAGCAGUUUUGAAGUUCAACCACAUGUGGUUAAUAUCUAUGGAGACACACCUUUACAUCUUGCUUGUUACAGUGGAAAGUUUGAAGUUGUAAAGGAAAUAAUUCAGCUCUCAGGAACAGAAAGUCUCACUAAAGAAAAUAUAUUCAGUGAAACGGCUUUCCACAGUGCUUGUACCUAUGGAAAGAACGUAGAACUUGUAAAAUUUCUUCUUGACCAGAAUGUUGUAAGCAUAAAUCACCAGGGAAGAGAUGGACAUACAGGAUUACACUGUGCUUGCUAUCAUGGUCAUAUUCGUCUAGUACAGUUUUUACUGGAUAAUGGAGCUGAUAUGAAUCUGGUAGCUUGUGAUCCCAGCAGGUCCAGUGGAGAAAAGGAUGAGCAGACCUGUUUGAUGUGGGCUUAUGAGAAAGGUCAUGAUGCCAUUGUGACCCUUCUGAAGCAUUAUAAACGACCUCAAGAUGAAUCACCAUGUAAUGAAUAUUCACAGCCUGGGGGAGAUGGUUCCUAUGUGUCAGUUCCAUCCCCUCUAGGAAAAAUUAAAAGCAUGACUAAAGAAAAGGCAGAUGUUCUUCUCCUCCGUGCCGGUUUGCCAUCACACUUCCAUCUUCAGCUCUCUGAAAUAGAGUUCCAUGAGAUUAUUGGCUCAGGGUCUUUUGGAAAAGUAUAUAAGGGACGAUGCAGAAAUAAAAUUGUAGCAAUUAAACGCUACCGAGCCAAUACCUACUGCUCCAAAUCUGAUGUGGACAUGUUUUGCCGUGAAGUUUCCAUUCUCUGUCGACUGAAUCAUCCAUGUGUCAUCCAGUUUGUUGGAGCUUGUUUAGAUGACCCAAGUCAGUUUGCAAUAGUCACUCAGUAUAUUUCUGGAGGAUCACUCUUCUCCCUGCUUCAUGAACAGAAGAGAACUCUUGAUCUGCAGUCUAAAUUAAUCAUUGCUGUAGAUGUAGCUAAAGGUAUGGAGUACCUCCACAAUCUCACACAACCAAUCAUACAUCGUGAUUUGAACAGUCAUAAUAUUCUUCUGUAUGAGGAUGGACAUGCAGUUGUUGCUGAUUUUGGAGAAUCGAGAUUUUUGCAAUCCCUGGAUGAAGACAACAUGACAAAACAACCUGGGAACCUACGCUGGAUGGCCCCUGAAGUGUUCACUCAGUGUACAAGAUACACCAUAAAAGCUGAUGUUUUCAGCUAUGCUUUGUGUCUCUGGGAGCUGCUAACAGGUGAAAUUCCUUUUGCUCACCUAAAACCAGCAGCGGCGGCAGCAGACAUGGCAUACCACCACAUUCGCCCGCCCAUCGGGUACUCCAUCCCCAAGCCCAUCUCUGCCCUACUGAUGAGAGGCUGGAACGCCUGCCCUGAGGGAAGACCAGAAUUUUCAGAAGUGGUCGCAAAAUUAGAAGAAUGUCUGUGUAAUAUUGAGUUAAUGUCUCCAGCCUCUAGCAACAGCAGUGGUUCUCUGUCUCCUUCCUCGUCUUCGGACUGUCUCGUUGCACGUGGAGGUCCUGGCCGUAGUCAUGUUGCAGCAUUACGUAGUCGUUUUGAGUUGGAAUAUGCUUUAAAUGCAAGAGCUUAUGCUGUUUGGUCACAGAGCACUGGGCAACACCUUUCUCAGGGUCUUUCUUUGGAUGACAUGAGAAGAAACUUCCAGUACCCACCGAUUGACAAAAAUGGUUACGUGUCGGAUCCCAUGAGUACCAUGAGAUUUCAUUCCUGCAGCAGCAGUGGUAGCUUUGAAGAAAGCAGCUGACAGCAUGGACCGCCUUCCUGCAGAAAGUCACCGAAAACCGGCAGCAACUGUUCUUACCAUAUCAGCCCAACUCCCAAGCAUCGCGUGCUAUAUUGACGGUCCCUAAACUGAACCCUUUAUUUGCUGACAAUGAAUGUCCCUAUCAUGUUAUGUGCUAGCAUCUUUU